UUUUUUGUGUGUAGUUGUGACGGUUUUUGACGUUUCGAGCGAGGGAUGGCCGACACAACUACACACAAGCCUGACAGCACAACAAAGUGACCAAUACGCGAAACGAAAAUACAAAAUAGUGCCCUAAAAUAACAUUGUAUUUUUGGAGAGAGCAUUAAAACGAUGAAUAUUGGCAGACGCUAGCAGCAUUGUUCACCAAAUUGUGCUGUAAUUGGCUUUGGAAAGCUUGUUGCAGGAGUGUUAUUCGUUGUUGCAAGCGAGCGAAAGCUAGAUGCAUCGACCAGAUCGAAGAUAGCUCGUAAUCGUAGGGCUCUGGCAACCUUUCAACUGCAGCCGAAAUGGUUGUUCCCUGAUAGUGCUGACGAAAACGGGAGGAAGGUAGAAAACCAUCGUGAUCGUGCAAAAUUGUACUACAAAUUAGCGGUGUGAAAGCAGUCCGGAAGGGGGCGAUUGAAUUCCUUCAAAAUCGUCGCCCCAGUGCUAAAGCGCAAAAUGGCACUCACACCGGACGAGCUGCGGCAGCGUAUUGCGAACUGGUCACUUGAAUCGGACGGCCAACUGUUGCAGUACAUGGUAUCGAUCGCGAAGAACAUCGAGGAUAAAUGUAGCAAAACUCGGGAUAAUCUCAACAGCUUGAUGCUGCAAGUGAACCAAACGGAAGUGAAGUUAGCUACCGCGACGAAUCAGUUUUCCGCCGUGGAGCAGGUGAAGUUUGUUGAAAAUCGUGUGGAAGAGGAUGAUGAGAGCUUCUACGGGCUGCGAAGACGCCGGCAGCAGGUAGACGAGCCCCGGAAGGACACGCAACAGGAAGACGGUGACGAGCGGACGAUGGAUGAUCUGAUUCAGCUGGCCGUUGAACGAUCGAUAGAAGGCAUGUAUAAAUCAUACGAAAAGGUCACCCUCCAACUGACGGACAGUGAGUCGAGUGACGACGAUGAUCUACCCACCAGCACACGGUUAACGGACCCGGCGGAACUGACCGCCGGCAAGGCAACGAUAAUGCGAGCCGUACCAAAGUAUUCCUUCAUCGAGCGACCCUUGCCGCACGUGAUCGGGUCGAAGGAGUGGCAAAAUAAGUGGCACGUGGGACUGAUUGAUUCUGAGGAUGAGUCGAGCUCGGAUCGGAAAGAGGAGUACUCCGAAUCACCGAGCGAAACGGACGAUGGGGGAAUGUUUCCAUCUCAACCGAACAGUAAAAACCAUACACCGUCGGAAUCGGAAAGCUCCAUCUGGGGUGCGGAAGGUCGCAAGCGAGCCCCAUCGAUGGAUCCCAGCGUAACCGGGGACGAUGGAUCGUCUGUGUAUUCGUACGCGAGCUCAUCGAAGGUGCCUCGUCCGUUGCCAGUGGUGGCAGCACGUGGAAUUUCAUCGGAGGGCGCGAGACUGAAACCACCCAGCCUGUUCCCGGAGGAACCACCUGAGGAAGAUGUACGGCGCAGAGGGGAACGUGGGCUGUUCGAUGACUCGCCGGAAGAGGAUGAACCGACGCCGAUACCUACGCCUCAGCCACGCCAAGCGGUGCCGACAAUGAAUGAUACAACGAAAUCGUUCUUCAAAGGCAAUGCGCAACAACCUGCACGUAAGAUAGUGAACCUGUUCGACGAUGAACCUCCGGAACCGUUGCCAGACAGUUUGCCAGUACCGGAGCAGAAGAAAACGAUCAAUCUCUUUAUCGAAAGUGAGGACGACGAGGAGCAGGUGAAGGAGAAUGUGCGUAAUAACAACGUAACUUCUGCAACCGAGAAGCGACGUGUAGAGGAAGUGACUGCGAAACAGUCCCUGAAACCGGCCGGACCUGCCCUCACGAAUCCAAGGGCAAUGACAAAGCUGGUGGACGAGCUGAACAAUAAUUUCCGAAGGCAACAAGGACAGCCUGCGCCGGAAAAGACGAAGCCCGUGCCAGAAGACAACAGUCGCGCUCGCUCCUCAGUGACGAAUAUUUUCGACGAUGAGCCUCCUAUCGACGACUUCGACCGGCUGUUUAUUGCAGCGAACCCGACCGCCAAACCGGCCGUUCGGCAGACCAUUCUGCCCCAGCCAACCGCGAGGGUUGAGAAGGAGAAAAAGCCGAUAAAUCUCUUCGCAGAAGACGACGAGGACGAUUAUGAUGGUAUUGUGGUGGGCAGUAAUGAAACACGGCCACAGAAAUCCCCCAGCCAGGGAAGCUACAUCAGUCCUGGCAGGAGCAUGCUCACUAAACCCGCCGAACGGUUGCCUACGGUGAAGAAAAAAUCCAUCUUUGAUGAAUCAGAUUCCGAGGAGGGCACAAAUGAUGCAGAUUCCGAUCUGUUCGGAAGUACCACCAAAAAGGCACCCACGGUGAUGCCACCAGUCCAAAUACCAAAAGCUGCACCAAAAGUGACUAAAUCCAUUUUCAGCGAUAGUUCCGAGGCGGAAGACGACGACGAUGAGGCACUGUUUGGGAAGUCGUCCAGCAUUUUGAAGAAUAAAUUGGACGCGUUGAAAAAGAACGGUGGUGCGGCGGGACAGCAGGAAGUUGGUUCGACCAGCAAACCCGAGAGUAAACCUGUUAGUAAAAGCAAAUCACUGUUUGAUGAGGAUUCGGAGGAGGAUGCACAGGACGUUAAAAAGGACGAUGAUCUGUUUGGAAGUGUUUCGAAGUCAGCUGCAUCGUUAGUACUGGAUAAGAAGACGGUGAAUCCGGCCCCAAAAGUGUCUUUAUUCGAUGAUGAACCUCCAUCGGACGAUGAUGAUGCACUCUUUGGACAAAAUAGAAGGAAAGUUGAAACUCAACCGAGCAGUGUAGAAGCAACUCAAAAGGAAGGAAUUUCAUCGAAUGCGUCUGAAUCGGGAGGACCUAUCGCCACCAAUAGUAUUGUGGAUCUUUUCACUAAAACUGAGCCAAGUGCGAGUGUUCCAAAGCAGUCGCUUAAGAAUUCGGAACAACUCAAUUCUCAACCGGCCGUUAAAGAAAAUCCCGUUGAAUCGAAUAAUAGUAUUCGAAGUUUGAUAUUGAAGAAAUCCAUCUUCAACUCGGACUCGGAAAGUGAAGAAGAUGAUUCUAUCUUUGGUGCAGUAGGCAAAAGUUCGGAAAAACCAAACGUUUCAACGGCGGAACCCAAAGUUAGUGUUGAAGUAGAGAAGAGUGAGUUGAACCACGAUAAAGAAACACCACGUCAAACGAACGAUGAUGCACCGACGAUUGAAGAGAAGCAAUCGAUCGAAAAGGGGGCAAUAGUCGUGGAGGAACCCAAAUCGAAUGUCAACGAAAACGGAGAUAACAGCAUCGCUCAAAAUACUCUAGAAUCUGUGAACCAUGUGGACAAGAAUGAACCUAGCUCAAUUCAAAACGUCUUGCGUGCUCCGGUAGAUGACACUGUCCAAAUUCCUGUUGAUCCCAAAACAUCCAUUUUUGAUAGUUCAACGUCUGAGAAUGAAGCGGACCACGAUAGUGGAGAUAGCAUAACUCACCAGAUAAGCGAACUGACUGCGCAAUCCAAAGCAAGUGAAGAAAAUAUUAGUUUUGUACCAACUUUAGAACCAUCGGUCAAUGACAAUGUUUUCCAGGAAGAGAAUGCCUCAUUGCCUGCCGCUAAGGUCGAGGAAACAUCGGGUACAUCAGAAACUCCUCACACAAAACUACCCGAGCCAGAUGAAGGAACUCUCUCAGAUGAAACGCCCAAUGGCAUGAUGAUAGCGAACGACAUUGAUUACUAUUUGCAUACGAACGAACCUUCGAAAGAUGGUAGCGAGAAGCUUGCUUCAAAAGCAACGCCAGCAAUGGACCGACCGCCAGCACCGGUUACACCUCCUGCAGCAAAGUCUGAACCAAAAAGUGCCUUAAAUUUCAGCCCCAUCGGUCUGUUCGAUGAUGUUCCACCGCCGGACGAUGGCGACGAGACGGAUGACGUGACGCACCCGAAACAAUCCGCAUCCGUGGAGUCAACGUUGCCACCGAUCAUGGACGAAGCAUCUUCCUAUUCGCAAGAAUCGCAGUCACUGGACUUCAUACCGAGCGGAUCGGCUGGUGGCAAUCGAUCGCGAUAUCUGUUUGACGAUGAACCUCCGCCGGACGAGGCAGAUGAUAGCAGUGCAAAUCCCAGCUUUGCUAAACCGUCUGCCUUUAAGGUGGGCAGCGCAGUGGUGAAAGGACUUUUUGAUAACCCAGCACCCGCCUCGCUACCUCCAAUGGUUGAGGAUAGUCGGUCUGAAUCCAGCAAACCCAUCCGCCCAAAGGUUAACAAGUUGAACGCAAAAUUGGCCAUUAACGUGGCGGCAUUGUUGCCCGGUGCGAGACGACCGAUGCCAGCGAGCAGCUCGCCCGAAAAGCAGCUCGCCUCCACUGUCACGUCUGUUUCGAAAGACACGCCCGAAACUACCGCAAAACCAGCUCAAUCCGAAGAGGCUCCCAAUAGUGGAAAACUGACAGGCUUGAAUAAGGGCAGAGCAAGAAUUCCUACCAAACGGAAGCCUCCCUCACGGCAAACUCUUCGCGCCGGAUCUUUGGGCUCCUCGCUGCAGAGUUCCGUUAGUGAGGAAGAACGUAACGAAAAAGAUCCUCCCCAAUCAUCAGCUGCAGAUGAUCGCAUCGUGGUCGGGUCAGAAGGGAAGGUGGAACACGUUGAAGCAGGCCUUCCUCCACAAGAUAGUUUCCCACCAGCUAACCACACAACUGUGAGCUCAAAGGUGGAGAUAAAACGCACCGAAGAUCCCUUUGUCGAUCGUUUGAGUGCAAGUGUACGAAAUCCGUCGAAACGGGUGGUGCUACCGGAUGGGAAUGAUGGUGAUAAACCGUCAGUAACAGCUACGGCCAAGAAGACAACUGUAAAAACAUCGAAAACAUCGCUUUUUGGUGAUAGCGAUGGUGAGGGCGAUGAUGAUGAUUUUUUCAGUACGCUACCCACGAAAGGAGUUGUGAUUAAGAAGGAAGCAACGAAGCGGGCAGGGCAACCGAAGCCCGUUGCAGCUGGUAGCCGGAGUAUUUUCGGUUCGGACGACGAGGACGAAGCUGACGGAGGGGAAGAUGAUCUAUUCGGCACGAAGAAAUCAUCCAUUGCCGGACAGCUGAAGGCAAAGGUUCUGGAUGUGUCCGCGUCGCAGGCUGCUGGAGCAAGAAAGGAAAAGAAAAGUCUGUUCGAUGAUGACGAUGACGACGGGGACGAUGAUGAUGAUAUUUUCGGCAGUAAAAGCAAAACUAUCUCGAAAGUUAACAGCCAUCAGCAUCAAGCGAAUCCGGUCGGAAGAUCGUCUCUGUCAACGGUAACCAAACCGAUGACAACUACCACUAGCCCAGCUGAUGAUCCUUUGGCCGAUUUGCUGGCCGAUUCAUGAACCAGGGCGGCAGAUGUACGGCAGGCAGAAGGUAGAGGAUUAUGAAUCCUUUGACACCAGCGCGCUGCUGUCUUGUGCUUAUGCAAUUGAUAAAACCAUAUUUCACAAAAGGGAAGCGAACAAACAGCAGAAAGAGGGUUAUAAAAAGCAUGUCCGCUCGGGAGCAUACUGUUGAUCAUUGUUAACUGUUGCCGUGCUGCUGCUGGUGUUAUCUAGUCAUUUAAAGAAAUUUGAGUUCUACGAUCAAUAAGUAUUCCGUUUUAUUCAGC